AUGGCCUGGACCCUUGUGCUCGCCCUCCUCACACUCUGCACAGGUCCUGUGGCCUCUUCAGAAGUUACUCAGCCUCCAGCAGUGUCUGUGGCCUUGGGACAGAGGGUCAGCAUCACCUGCAAGGAAAAUCUCGAAAAAAAAUAUAAUCCCAGCUGGUACCUGCAGAAGCCCGGCCAGGCCCCCAAGCUGCUCAUCCAUAGUGACACAAACAGGACCUCAAUGAUCCCUGAGAGAUUCUCUACAUCAUGGUCAGUGGACACGGACACCCUGAUCAUCAGCAGGGCCCAGGCCCAGGACGAGGCAAACUAUUACUGUUUAACAUGGAACGACAAUGCUAAAGCUCACAGUGACACAGGCGGAUGGAGAAGUGGGACAGAAACCUCCUGGGUCACCCUCCCCUCCAGCCCUGAGCGCAGCUCCCCGUCUGUGUGGAGCGAGAGCAGGGCAGCUCCGGGCCCUUGGACGAUCCCACAUGGAGCCCUGUCAGCCGGGUCCUGUCCAGGAGCGUGA